AUGAUUGUACCAAGCAUAGGUAAUGUGUUUGCUGUUCUCUUAUAUGUGGCAAGUUUAAGACAAAACGAAUGGACGAUUGCACUUAUUCUGUGUGGUUCAGCUGUUCAAGGCAUCUUUGGAAAAAGUUCAGUGAUAACUAUGGCAGUGAAUAGUCACCUCUCAGAUAUAACGGAACAGGAACACCGAACAGGAGAAUUAAGUCGACUUUUGGCCAUGAACUAUUUUGGAUUGUUUGUGGGAUCUCUUUUAUCAGGCACAAUCCAAGAGUACAUCGAUAUAAAAACCACAUUAACUGUUGUGUGUUUCUUGCAUGCAUUUUCUGUUCUGAUAACUGUUUGCUGCAUUCAGAAAUCGGAACAGAAAGAACCGGACUCUGGAAAAUCAGGUACCCCCACUGGAUUUAAGGACUCUUUUGCUGCUACCAAACAGAUCACAACGAAGAUUUUCAUUAUCUUGGUGAUCAUGACAACUUUGAAUCAAACAUGUGAAGUUGGAGAUCAGGAUGUUACGGUAUUAUUUGUUAGAAAGUACCCACUGUCAUGGCCGACACCGUGGUACGGAUACUUAUUAUCUGUCGAGUACACCAUGGUGGGAGUCACAUUGAUGGUGUUGACACCACUAUUAACUUCUUAUUUCAAUCUAGCAGAUAGUACCAUCAUCAUCCUGGGGACCUACUGUAAAUUGAUAAGAGCUCUGUGGGCAGGAUUUUGUUAUGAAACAUGGAUGGUGUUUACUUCAGUGGUGAUAGGGGCGAUUGGUGGUAUGUUGGUGUCUGCAGUGCGAUCUCUGAUGAGUAAACAUGUCGAUGAUUCGGAUGUUGAUAGAGCAUUUUCAGUCCUUUCUUGUGCGGAAUCUGCAUCUAAAGCUUUAGGAUCUUUCAUAUUUAUUGUUAGGAUCUGUUAUUUUUAA